GGGGCGUUGAGGGGGCUCUCCCGCCGCCCCGACACUGUCUCUGCCGGGUGGGGCGCUCGCGUUCCGGAGCCCGCGGGGCUUGCUGAGGUGUGGAGACAGGUAGCUGCGGCUUCCCAGACCGUCGUCGGGAUAGCUCCUUCUCUUAACCAGUGUUCUUGCUCCUCCGUGGUGGUCCUCGGGUUUCAGCGUAUUUUCGUGACCCGCUGACUGCUGCACCCUGCUAAGGGCCUGCGGUACGGCGGGGGGAAGGAGAACGGGUCACUCGUGCGGUCAUGUUCCUAUUAAUAAACCCAGUGAACAUACUGGUGCUUCUCACGGUGGCACUUAGUCACAGCACCUCAGCGCACUGGGGCCUCUGGGGUCACCCGCACCGCUGGCAGGAGACUUGGGUGAGAAACAGGUUUUCUGUUACCUUGCCAAGAAUUCUCUCCCUCUCCAUCUCGCGGUCUCCUGCAAGAGGGUUCUGCAGCUGUGUUUUGUAAUUAUUGUAGAAAUAAAAUUUAAACUCAAAAUUCUUAUUCCAGUGUUCAUUCCUAAUGACAUUAUUUUUGGUAAGGUUUUAAACCAGGGAUAUUCCUGGGGUUUUUAGGUCCUUAAAAACUCGGUACUUUAUAAAUGACCAGUAGCAAUGUCUGUAAAUGCCGAAGUAUUUUCACAAAAAGUGUUUGUGUGUGUAUUCUAGUAGUAAGCAGGUGCUUUGAUUAGUGAGACAGAAGAUGUGAAAGAGUAAAACCUCCUCACCCCAACCUGGUCCAUCCUCCCUUGAAAAUGCAGAAUUCUUUCUAGCAGUGGUCAUUCAGCCAAUUGACUUUUUUUUCCUGUUUCUACUGGAAACUCUUUAAGGGAGACAUCUUUACGUUUCUUUGUGACUGCUAAUGCCUUGCGACAUAUUAAUUAUUGAUUGAAUUACUGAUCCAUCUCCAGUAAGCCACUCUGGACCAUCCCCUCAAAAGAUAAUUUUUUCAUAAUACUGCUGUCUGGUGUGUUAAUAUAUUAAUAAGGAUUGUUUUGUGUCCCCAAGCAUUCUGUUUUGUGCUUACCCAGUUGCAUUUCGCUUAGUUUUGCAGCUUACUAUUGUCUUUUUUUUUUUUUUAACUCUUGUCUUUUAAAGUCUCAUUUCUGACUCCAUUGAACCUUGAAAUAGAAUGGUACUCAGGACAGUUCCCUUUAAGGCUCUGCAUGGUCUGUCCUGUAAGGCUGAUACCAAAUCACUGGGCUACAAGCCAGGAAGAGUCAGCUGUUUUCACAACUAAUAUGAGCAUAAUUAAAUCCACAAUUUCCUAGCUUGCUGAGGAAAAUGUAGUUGGAGAGAACCCAAGACUUCCCAAAAAUCAAGUUAUACCUGCAUACUCUCCUUUGUUUUUCUUACCCUGUUAAAAAUGUAAUGUAUUCAAAAGACUAAGGGUUCUAAAGAUCUGUGUGGGAGUUCCAGGCCUCUCUUAAUGGUGGGAAAGUUGGCCAAAGGAAGAAUUAUGUAAAAACAGAAUAAGAAAAGCAAGCUUUCUGUGGUUGAUGGAAUUUACCUCAGAGCUAUUCUAAUCAGGAGGCUUUUUGCUUGGGAAUACUGGUGGCUAUCUUUUGGUUUUCAGACCACAAAAGAAUAUCCUGGCAGAAACCCUUGUGGCGUACUGGUUAAGUGGUACGACUGCUAACUCAAAGGUCGGCAGUUCAAAUCCACCAGGCGCUCCUUGGAAACUCUAUGGGGCAGUUCUACUCUGUCCUAAAGGGUUGCUAUGAGUUAGAAUUGACUCAACGGCGGUGGGUUUGGUUUUUUUUGGUUAAGAAUAUCCUGGGAGUUAUUGAUGUGUAUCGAGGUCUCUUGCUUUAGGAACUGAUGACUCUAGAUGAUGUGGCUGGGGACUUCAGGGAAGAAUGGGUUACCUGGACGCUGCUUAGAGAAUCCUCUCCAGGGAUGCCACCCAACACAUUUAGAAGAAUGGGCUCUCCAAGGAGUUUCUAGACCAAGUAUAAUCUCUCAGCUGGAGCAGAAAGAAGAGUCAUGGGUCCUACAACUCCAAAAUUUUGAGGAGAGGGAGAUCCUAAGGGAAAGUCACACAGACUUCGAGAAUCAGGUGACAAAACUCAAUCAGAACAUUUCCAAAACAGCAGAACAAUGUGGAACAUCCUCAGAAUGGGCCAAUAAAAAUAUUUCUCGUACUCUUAGUUGGGGAAGAAACUGGGAGAGGGGCCUUGAAUUAGAAGGACAACAUGGAACCCUUCCAGGAGAGGGCCAGCAGGAACCCUUUUCACAGGAGAGGGUUUUAAAUAAGCUCAUGGAUGGAUAUGUAGGAAAGAAGCCUGUGUGUGCAGAAUGUGGAAAAAGCUUUAACCAGAGUUCCUAUCUCAUAAGACACCUAAGAACCCAUACUGGCGAGAGGCCUUAUAAAUGCAUCGAAUGUGGGAAAGGCUUCAAACAGAGUUCAGACCUUGUCACCCACCGCAGAACACACACAGGGGAGAAACCUUACAAAUGCAAUGGGUGUGAGAAAAAAUUCAGUGACAGCUCAACACUCAUCAAGCAUCAGAGAACCCAUACAGGUGAGAGACCUUAUGAGUGCCCAGAGUGUGGAAAGACUUUUGGACGGAAGCCACACCUCAUAAUGCACCAAAGAACUCACACAGGAGAGAAGCCCUACACAUGCCUUGAAUGUCAUAAGAGCUUUAGUAGGAGCUCAAAUUUCAUCACCCACCAGAGGACCCACACAGGAGUGAAGCCUUACAGGUGUAAUGACUGCGGGGAGAGUUUUAGCCAGAGCUCGGAUCUGAUUAAGCAUCAACGAACCCACACAGGAGAACGGCCCUUUAAAUGCCCAGAGUGCGGGAAGGGCUUUAGAGAUAGUUCUCAUUUUGUGGCUCAUAUGAGUACUCACUCAGGAGAAAGGCCUUUCAGUUGUCCUGACUGCCACAAAAGUUUCAGUCAGAGCUCACAUCUGGUCACACACCAGAGAACACACACAGGUGAGCGACCUUUUAAAUGCAAAGACUGUGGGAAAGGAUUCACGGACAGCUCUGCCCUCAUUAAGCACCAACGAAUCCACACAGGAGAGAGACCCUAUAAAUGUGGUGAGUGUGGGAAGAGCUUCAACCAGAGUUCCCACUUCAUUACUCACCAACGAAUCCACUUAGGAGACAGACCUUAUCAAUGUCCUGAAUGUGGCAAAACCUUUAAUCAGCGCUCCCAUUUUCUCACACACCAGAGAACACAUACCGGAGAAAAACCCUUUCGUUGUAGUAAAUGUGACAAGAACUUCCGUCAGAAAGCACAUCUUUUAUGCCAUCAAAACACCCAUUUAAUUUAGAAAAUAGACAGUGAGUCUGCUAUCCCCUUCCAAAUUUCCAUUGCUACUGUGUUUAUGUACCUCAAGCAGAGAAAACCUGAGCCAGGGCAUCAGGCUCAAGCUGGACCUUGGUCUAUUCUCACUGUUUUUCCAUGUUAUAAUGGAGAGGAUAUACCUAUAGUGUUUAUAUAUGUUCUGAACACAGUGGGCAUUCCUCUAGAGUUUUUGACUGGCUUUUAGGGAGAUGUGAAUUUAAUAGCUGAUGCCUGGUUGUCGAAAGAAAGGUGAGAUAAAUGUGGCCUAGAGAUCACAUGUAAACCACAUCUGCAGUGGCUGGCACAAAGUAGGUGCUCAGUAAAUGAUUCAGUACUUGAGAUCUUUUACAAAGCCCUUAAUACAGUGCUUGCCCCUUAAAAGGCACUCAGUACAUGAUUGGUUGCUUUUAUCAGCCUUAUUACUGAAUAAGGAAUUAGUGCAGACCCUCAAAGCCAAAACUUGCAGAAGCUAGAUUGAAACUAGAAGGUUUGGAGUGUUAGCAAAGGGAUUUAAUAAAAUGAAAAACCCUUUUCCAGUCUAAUGCUAGUCAGGCAUUAGUCACUAGAUGUCUCAUUGCUGUGACAAGGCAGAAUUACUGUAGAGGAUGUUUGUGGUCUUGCAACAGAGAAUUUCAGAAGCUCUUUGUACAGCCGUUUAUCAGAUGGAGGUUUGCUGUCAUCUGAGGCAUAUGCUUUUUUCUCCCCUGGAUUCUUGAAAAAUAUCCUAUGAUGUACAAGCCAGAGGGAACUGGAAAAGGACUAUAAAAUUGUGGAAAUGAAAUUGCUGAGAAUGUUAAAUAUUACAGGGAUUCUUCCUGGCAUUUAGCUAAAGGAGGCAAUUCUUGUUUUUUAAUUUGCUGGGUCAUUGGCCCUUUAGUUUUAGGUUAAUGCACUUCUCUGACCCUUUUAGGGUCAUUGAUCUUAUGCGCUAGUAUAUUUAAUUGAAAUAAAUUGAGAGAAGGCAGUGUGUUGUAAAGAACACUGACUUUACUGAGAAGGCGAAGUUUUUGAGUCAUGGCCCUGGCACUUUAAUUUGGACAGACUCUCACUUUCUCUCAGCCCCAAGGUAUAUCUGCCUUACCUACCUCACAAGGUUGUUGUGAGGAUCUAAUACUUACGUGUAUAUAUGUACACACACAUACACAUCUAUAUAAAAGCACUUUGUUGUUAAACUGUAACGUAUGAUAUUGCUUAAAGUUAAUGUACAGUAUUAUUGCUAAUGUUUUUUUCCCAAGGAGUGCUGGUUAAUAUUUUUCCAGGUAUCCCAUUUUCUCUCACAAUGAAGGAAUUCUUUUUUUUUUUACAGGUUGAAAAACUAAGGCCUGAAAAUGCUAAAUGACUUGUUAUGGGUCACAUAGUUAACAGAAGAGCCAGACUUUGGCUGCGGGUAUCUAGAUUUCCGUUCUGCAGUUCUUCUCCUCAACAACAUGAAACAGACCAACUUUGGGAUUUACUAGAGUAUCUCUGAGACUACAGGAUUGAGGGACCUGUAUUACAGUCUUAAACCAGUGUGAGCUUGGAAAUGACGGAGGGAUUUAGCCUAAGUCCUAGGGAGCUUUAUUAGAAUCCCGUGCUGGUGGUCUUUGAUCCUCGUGGAGUGAGAGCGGAGAGGUAAGGGCAGGUACAAGAGGUUAAGGAGGGAGUUCAGUGGUUACCACUCUUUAAAGAGAAAAGUGGCGGACAUGACAGUUUUUUCUUUCAAGUCUUCCUGCAUCAACACAGACUGAAUGAUUACAUCAGCCUGGGAACACUAGUUCAUUUUUUUCUAUUACAUGGAAUGCCAUUUGAGUGCUAUAAUUCAUGGGGGAUAGAACUCAGCUACCUUAGCUCCUUUUUUUGAAAGGUUAAUUAAGAUAAUUGACCAGAAAAAGAAAUGUGGUUAAUCCAGUGCAGUGGUUUUCAAAAUGUGGGCCCAGACCAGCAGCAUCAGCAUCACCUGGGGACUCCUUAGAAAUGCAAACUCUCAGCCUGGCAUCCCAGACUUGCUGAAUCAGAAACUGCAUGAGGGUGGGGCUCAGCACUGUUUGUUUUAAUAAGCCCUUCAAGUGAUUCUGAUGCACGCUGAAGUUUGAAAACUACAGCCUUAAAAUUUCCGUUCUACUAAACAUAUAGGCACAAUUCCAGUAUAACUCCUAAAAAAAAAAUUCAGUGAUUUUUAAUAUCUAAUAUUCUGCUCAAAUUUCCCCCCAGUUGUCGUGGAGUUGAUUCUGACUCAUGGUGACCCCUCUAUUUUGCAACUGGUUAAUAUGCAGUAUUCUUUACAAGUCUUGAUCUAAAGUCCUCCCCCCUUACUCUUUUCUUGUAACUUAUUAGUUGAAGGAACCUUGUUGAUUCUCCCACACAUUUGUAUUUGUUAAUUUCAUACAAUGGCGUCUUUUAGCAGGCUCCUCCUGCUUUCUUUAUAUUGGUAGCUGGAUCUAUUUAGCAUGACCAGAUUAAUAGAUUUUUGGCAAGAAUACUCGAUAGUGAUCUUACCUAAUUUCAUCAGUAGGUACAUAGUGUUAUCUUGUCUCUCUAAACGUUAAACCCAAAAAGCAAACCCGUUGCCAUUAAGCCGAUUUUGAUUCACAGGGACUGAGUAGAAUUGCCCCAUAGAGUUUCCAAGGAGUGGCUGGUGGGUUCAAACUGCCGACCUUUUGGUUGGCAGCUGAGCUCUUAACCACUGCAGGGCUCCCUCUUAAUGUUAGCAGCCAUUAAUAGUCAAUUAUUUUAUCUGGGGUUGCUGAAAGGUGAUAUUUUAUUUCUAUCAUUCCCUCUUCAAUUAUUAGCUGGAACACUUCUAUAAGGAGAACUUCCCUUCAUCGACUAUUUUUGUUUACCUGAGGUACAGUUUGUGUAGAAACAGCAUAAUAAUUGCUUGAUUAGAACUUUUUUUUUUUUAAUGCUGCUAACCUUGGCCUCAUGACCUAGAUGGACCUCUAAGCCCUUCCAGUUAGAGAUUCUUUUCUUACAGGACAUUUUUGAAUGGGUAAAUCUCAUAAUUUUUCUAAUGACCCUGUUGCUUUUCUUUUCCCCUCCUUACACCCCUCUGGUUUUACUGAGUUCCACAUAAAGGCAUGUGCUUAAUAAAUACUUGAAUGAUUCCUUAGUCAGGGAUGGAAUCUCUGAUUGUGAAUUAUUAUUUCCCAAUACUAUCCUGCCUGAAACAGGAGAGGAAACUACAUCUGCAUUAGCUGGGAAUCAUUUUAUAUCUCUUUUGUGGUAAUAUGAGAGUAUACCAUCACCAUUUUUAAAAAUCUACCCAAGCGUUGUUCUAAAACAAAUGAAUACAUGAACAACAACAAUGAUUUGUAAAAAUCAGAUGAGAAGGAAAGGGAAGAGUUGGGUAAUUUAUGUGAAAUCCAGUUCAGUCUUGGGGCGGAAGUGCUUUGGGCUAGGGGUAAGAUGGGAAUGAGAAAAUACAGAGAGUUGAGUAUGAUAUCCCUCAGAAGUGACAUUCUGGGAAGAAUACUGCAGUUAAUUUAAGAUGUUCUGGAAGGGUGUCCUCCCACAAGAGGGAGCCAGUUAGAGGACAGUGAGGGAAACAAAAGCUACAUUAUUCGUGCAAGCAGGCGUAACUCCAAACCAAGCUAGGACUGACACAAAUAAGUCCUAGACUUCAUGUCGUCUGUGCUCACUGUCUGACUGUGACUGAACCUAGACUUAGGAGGCAGGAUGUGGAAGUGGCACACAACUAGAGGUCAGAAGACCCAGCUUCUAGUGUGGAAGCUAUUUACUAGCCAGCUGUCCUUGGGCUGGUCAAUCAAGCUAAGUCUCAGUCUGUUAAACUAGAUAAAGAUCCCUUCUGCCUCUAACCAUUUACAAAUCUGGGACUUUCAUAGACCCUAGGUCUAUCAGAUAUGAGUAGAUUCUUCCAAAGGUAUACCUUCAAGAUCUGAGAGGAUAAAAGCAUGUAAUCUAUAGCCCAGGUCCGUCUCCCACUCACCCCUCCCCCGGUGCUUGGAGCAGGGUGGAACCUCAUAGCUGCUGCUAGAGUAGGCACAUUACCUCCAAACUGAAGACCUCCCUGGGCUCCAGCCUUGCCUAUUCCUUCCUCCUAACAGCAUUUUAUAGACAGGGGUCACUGCCUUAGCAAUAAAAACCUGCAAAAGCCAGAAACUGUAAGGCAGAGACUUGUCAGAGAAGAAAAACUCAAAUAUUUUCCACAAAAAGGAGCAAUAGAAAAGUAGUAAGACUGCACCCUCUCAAAGGCGGAAAACUUGGGGGUGUGGAGAAAAACAAGGCAGUCUCAUCGAGUUUGGGCUCUCAUAGGUUUCACUGUAACGCAUACUGGGUUUUCUCCUAUCACCUUGUUUCCCAUGUUGUACAUCUACAGAUGUGUGUGUCCAUCCUGAAAGAUGUGAGCUCCUGAAGUGCAAUGUGGACUUGUUUUGUGUGCCUUACUCCCUCUGAUCCACAGAGCCAUAAGCAGGGAAUACUUAAAUGCUAUCGGUGACAGUGAAGGUAACUGACUUUCCAUAGUUUUUCUCUUUGUUUCCACCCUAUGACUGGACCAUUAGCUUCUACAUCUCUCUCCCUGAUCCAGCCCUACCAAUUUUACCUCUCAGAUUCCUAUCUAUGUUUCUCCAUCUCCACUGCCACCCUCCAUUCCAAAACAACUGCCUCCUAAAUUGCUGCAGUGACCUCCUAACAGGUGUCACAGAUUUUAGUCUUGCCUUUCUCUAAUUUCUUUUCACAGAAGCCAAAGUGAUCUUUUAAAAUCCUAAAUCUUAUCACACCACCCUUCUGCCGACAACCAGCAGCUUCCUGUUGCUUUUAGGAUAGAGACUCAAAUCCUUAAUCUGGCCUACAAGGUCCUUGUAGUUUGACUCUCUUCUGCCUCCAGCCUCUUCAAAUGUCACCUUCCUCUCACUCACUUCAGCCUACUUGCAAUCUCUCUGUUCCUUGAUUAUGCCAUGGUUAUAUGCACCUUUGGGCCUUUGUACUAACUGCUCCCUGCCCAGAGUGUUCCUUGCCCUGAUCUUUGUUUAGACUUGUAUUUGUCAAUCAGGUUUCCCCUAAAACUCACCUCUUUAUUUACCUCCUCACUAUCCCAUCUGAAUUAAUUCCCCUCCCUCAGCAGCCACUGUCUGUCACAUUAUCCUCUUUUAUUUUCACCAGAGGCCUUCUAUCUGCCCAAUAAUUUCUUUUUUUUUUUUAAUAAUUUUUAUUGUGCUUUAAGUGAAAGUUUACAAAUCAAGUCAGUCUGUCACACAAAAACCCAUAUACACCUUGCUACACACUCCCAAUUGCUCUCCCCCUAAU